UCAGAAUUUCUUUCAACACCUUAUAAUUUCAAAAUUAUUGUUUGUGUAUAAUUAAAUAUAAUAUGUAAAAUUAUUCAAAUUCGACUUCAAAAUAUGUCGUAUGAUACAACAGCAAAACUAUAUCUGACUUGUAGGGUUUGCGCAAAUUUAUUCCGGAAUUCUACGCUAGUCCCGCUGUAUUUUCCAGUUAAUUUAAAUGAAGAAUUGCCUAUUAAUAUUAUUGAAAGAUAUAUUAACGAUAUAUUUCAAAUAAGUGAAAAUGAUAGCCUGCCGCAACAAAUUUGUCAUGGUUGUUUGAAAAAGUUCGUCAUUAUUAACAAAUUUAUAACAAAUACCCUUAUUGCUCAAGAACGUUUACAAAAUUAUUUUCAUCCAGAAGAUUUAAAGGAAACUUUUGGGUCAGAAUUAUGGGAUUCCGAGAUAAUUCAUGAAGACAAUCUUAUAUUACCUGAUGAAACAAGGUCAAACGAAUCCAGAAACACAGAACGUUCAAGUUACAUGUCUUCCGAAGCAGAUAAUCCAGAAGAUUUUAGGUUUGUUUGCCACAUAUGUAAUUUAGAGGUUGGAACUUCGAUAAAAUUGGAUAGACAUCUUGCUAAAGAUCACAAAAUUAAGAUAGGCGACUUUAUUUUGUGUGAACAUUGUGGUGAAAAUAUUCCAAAGAAAUCUUAUGGCCGUCAUCAAAAAUGUUUAAAAAGUGAUAAGUCUUAUUAUUGCAAAUAUUGUAGCGAAAAGUUUUCUACUCGAAGAAACUUAUGUCAACACUAUAAUCAAAAGCAUGCGGAUGAGGUAAAUAAGAAAAAGGAAUAUUUAUAUUCCUGUCCUAAAUGUAGAAGAAAUUUCAAGACUUUAGUUCACUUGCAAAAACAUCAAAUUACUAGCCACAAUCCAAAAAGGGAACAGAAUCCAAGGUACAAGCCUCACACUUGUAUUCACUGUGGCAGAGUUUACGGAAGAUCUGAUCAUUUGCAAAUUCAUAUUAAACGCGUUCACUUAAGGCAAAUGGAUUAUAAAUGCAAUUACUGCGGGAAAAGUUACGUACAGCGCUUUCAAUUGAAUCAUCAUAUAAAAAUAUCACAUAGCGAAAAACAAAUUUACGCAUGCGAACAUUGUUCCAAAACGUAUAUUAAUUUUAAGAGAUUUAAAGAGCAUAUAUCAGAACAUAGCAGCGAACCAAAGUUUGAAUGUAUUUUAUGCGGGUUAUUCUUUCAAAAAAUACAAGAAUUAAAAAAGCAUGAAGAUCAUCAUAAUAGUGAAAGUGAACGUUGCUUAAAGUUGGAAAUAGAAGUUGGAUAUCAGAAUGAUGUGCCCAAUGAUAUUUCCGACACUCAGAGCGAUUUACUUGAAAUUAUCACAGCACAAGGAUCUUAUAAUUUAAAUAACACAUUGGAAAAUUCUGAAGAUGAAAUUUCACUAAAAAUUAGUGAUGCAAAUUGAUUUAGGCAAAGAAAUAUAGGUUAAUCCGUUUUAGUGCAUUAUUGUAAUUUUGAAACUAAGAACUUAUACAAAUGUUAAAUAAUAUUUUCAUAUAAAAAACACAUACAGUAUUGAUUUGAA